AUGGAAUCCAGGAGCAACAAGCUCCGUGGUCACGGAGCAGCACCAAGCUCUUCCGUUCCAUAUGACGUUCUUCGUUUCAACAUCCUCCCACGUCUCUCCUUCAAGUCUCUCACCAGGUUCAAGUCUGUGUCAAAGAGCUGGCAUGCCCUCAUCUCCGGCGAUCCCCUCUUCGCCGCCGAUCAGUCCCUGCACCCUUCCCCCGCCUCCUCCGGCUUCGUCUACAUCGCCUCCUCUGGCGUCGAGUUCCUUUCACCCCCGGAUACCCCAAUUGGCGUUUCCCAUCCCUCCUAUCCCCUCCUUUCCACCUGUUUUCCCUCCCAUCAUCUCAAGCUUCUGGCCUCUACCAACGGUCUCUUGUGCUGCGGCGUCGGCGUUCCUGACUUCAGCCAUGAUGGGGCUUUUCCCAACUUCAACUUGCUCUACGUCUUCAGUCCCGUAACGAAGGAGGCCCAUUUCAUUCCUGCGACCAAAUAUCGCCGCCUCUUCGUCGGGCUAGCCUUCGACCCGUCCAACUCCCCGAGGCGUUACACUCUGGUCUGCCUCCGUCGUCGCCAUGUUGUUAUCGAGGGAUAUCCGAAGACCUGGUUUCAGUUUCAUGUCUUCUCCUCUGAUACCCGACGGUGGAUGAUCUCGAACCAGAGGGUCCUCGUCGAUGAUCUCAUGUCGUGCGAACCUCCAGCGGUGUUUGCUGGAGGGGUCUUGUACUGGGAUUGCCUUCACUAUCUGAUAUGGUUCGAUCCCUCCAAGAAUCUCGCAGGAUGGAUGCCAUUGCCGGAGAAACCAUCGAGUGCGAGCCAGCAUCAGAUCGGGGUGUGGGAGGGUCGAGUACUGACGUGCACUCAAACAUGGAAGGACGAGGUGGAGGUGUUCGUGAUGGCGAAUGGCAGCAGUAGUGGGAAUUGGAUGAGGAGGCACCGGGCACGCUUCGAAACAAUGGUCACAAGGAAUCCGGAAGUGUUCGCCAGAUUCUGCCACCCCAUGAGGCUGAGGAGCAAGAGCUUUUGUAAACGGCUGCUUUCGCGGUGGUUUCUGCGGCCGCUGGCGCUCGACGGAGGAGACAAACUCUAUCUCGGGGUGAGGCCCAAGGUGUUGAAGUCGAAAGCAAAGGAGAGAGUGCUGUGUUAUGAGCUGAGAACGGGGGAGAUGACGUGGAUCAGCGACGGCGUGAGGUUUAUGCCAUCUGAAGAACGAGUAUUCUGCUACCACAACAGCAUGGUUGGACUGCCCAGACGUACUGGGCAGCGGUAAAUACAACUCUCAGGGGCUCACAAGUUACUUUAGUUGUAGUUAGUGAACGUUUUACCGGGAGCAUUUAGU